GAAAGAUUCUUUUGCAAUGGAACGCUCUGAAAAAUCCAGCAGUGACAUAUCGGAGUGUCCAUCGGACUCAGCUGAGGCUGGAAAGGCAAGUGUGUGUGAAGGAUGUCCGGGACAGGCCUACUGCCAAUCACAAAAUGGAGUAGACCCAGACCAGGAAGGGAUAGAUCUACGUAUGGGAGCAGUCAGGCACAAGGUACUGGUGCUCUCAGGGAAAGGAGGUGUAGGGAAAUCAACAGUGGCAUCUCUGUUGGCUGAGGCUCUUGCUUCAAAGUCACAGAAAGUAGGUGUCAUUGACUUGGAUAUAUGUGGACCCAGCAUCCCUAAACUACUGGGUGUGGAAGGAAAAGCUAUUAUCAAUUCACAGUAUGGAUGGAAACCUCUGAUAUCUCCCCAUUACAACAUCAAAGUGAUGUCUGUUGGAUCACUCUUGUCAUCUGAUACCAACUCUGUAGUGUUUCGAGGACCUCGCAAAUCAGGUUUGAUAAAGAGGUUCAUCAAGGAUACAUUCUGGGGAAGACUUGACUACCUCAUCUGUGAUACACCUCCAGGGACAAGUGAUGAACAUUUAACUGUUAUAAAAGUGCUAAGAAAUGUGAAGCCAGAUGGAGCCAUUAUUGUCACAACACCACAGGCUGUUGCCUUGGCAACCAUUCGUAAAGAAAUUAAUUUCUGCAAAAAGAUGGGUGUUCGGAUACUAGGCUUGGUCGGAAACAUGGAGAGUUACACUUGUCCAUGCUGUGGAGAAGUGAGUGAGCUAUUUCCAUCUGAAGGUCUCGACAACCUGGCUGCUGAGUUCAAUAUUCCAAUAAUAGGCAGACUUCCUUUGGAUCAGGAGGUCACCAAGUGUUGUGAGAUGGGUAGCAACGUUGUAGCAGAUAUGCAAACAUCACCAGUCACCAUCAGAAUGCUGAACAUGGCAGAGAGUAUUAAUUCUAUUGUGGAUAAUAUUUCAUAGAAAAUAGAUGUAUAGAUAUACUGAUUUAUUGUAAGGACAAUUCACAAAAUAUAGUUAUUGCCCUUCAUUCACAUUAUGUAGAAUUAUUGCCCUUCAUUCACAUUAUGUAGAGUUAUUGCCCUUCAUUCACAGCAUGUAGAGUUAUGGUCUUUCAUUCACAUUAUGUAGAGUUAUUGCCCUUCAUUCACAUUAUGUAGAGUUAUUGCCCUUCAUUCACAUUAUGUAGAGUUAUUGCCCUUAAUUCACAGCAUGUAGAGUUAUGGUCCUUCAUUCACAUUAUGUAAAGUUAUUGCCCUUCAUUCACAUUAUGUAGAGUUAUUGCCCUUCAUUCACAUUAUGUAGAGUUAUGGUCCUUCAUUCACAUUAUGUAGAGUUAUUGCCCUUCAUUCACAUUAUGUAGAGUUAUGGUCCUUCAUUCACAUUAUGUAGAGUUAUUGCCCUUCAUUCACAGCAUGUAGAGUUAUGGUCCUUCAUUCACAUUAUGUAGAGUUAUUGCCCUUCAUUCACAUUAUGUAGAGUUAUGGUCCUUCAUUCACAUUAUGUAGAGUUAUUGCCCUUCAUUCACAUUAUGUAGAGUUAUGGUCCUUCAUUCACAUUAUGUAGAGUUAUUGCCCUUCAUUCACAUUAUGUAGAGUUAUUGCCCUUCAUUCACAUUAUGUAGAGUUAUUGCCCUUAAUUCACAGCAUGUAGAGUUAUGGUCCUUCAUUCACAUUAUGUAAAGUUAUUGCCCUUCAUUCACAUUAUGUAGAGUAAUUGCCCUUCAUUCACAUUAUGUAGAGUUAUGGUCCUUCAUUCACAUUAUGUAGAGUUAUUGCCCUUCAUUCACAUUAUGUAGAGUUAUGGUCCUUCAUUCACAUUAUGUAGAGUUAUUGCCCUUCAUUCACAGCAUGUAGAGUUAUGGUCCUUCAUUCACAUUAUGUAGAGUUAUUGCCCUUCAUUCACAGCAUGUAGAGUUAUGGUCCUUCAUUCACAUUAUGUAAAGUUAUUGCCCUUCAUUCACAUUAUGUAGAGUAAUUGCCCUUCAUUCACAUUAUGUAGAGUUAUGGUCCUUCAUUCACAUUAUGUAGAGUUAUGGUCCUUCAUUCACAUUAUGUAGAGUUAUUGCCCUACAUUCACAUUAUGUAGAGUUAUGGUCCUUCAUUCACAUUAUGUAGAGUUAUUGCCCUUCAUUCACAGCAUGUAGAGUUAUGGUCCUUCAUUCACAUUAUGUAGAGUUAUUGCCCUUCAUUCACAGCAUGUAGAGUUAUGGUCCUUCAUUCACAUUAUGUAAAGUUAUUGCCCUUCAUUCACAUUAUGUAGAGUUAUUGCCCUUCAUUCACAUUAUGUAGAGUUAUGGUCCUUCAUUCACAUUAUGUAGAGUUAUUGCCCUUCAUUCACAGCAUGUAGAGUUAUUGCCCUUCAUUCACAGCAUGUAGAGUUAUUGCCCUUCAUUUACAUUUUGUAGAGUUAUGGUCCUUCAUUCUUAGUAUAUAUAGGGUUUUGGUCCUUUAUUCAAAAGACCUUCUUAUUAAUAUUGCUGAGUGACCAAUCAUUUGUUAUCUUUUUAUGUAAAGUUUGAAGUGCAUGGAAUUCAUUUAAACCCCAUACCGAGCAUGUUUCCAGUCACUGAUUUGGCUACAACAGGUGAGCUUACCGAAGGAUGCUAGAGGGACAUAGGUGAAUAGGGAUUGUUUAUAGUCUAGAAAAACUGUAAACAGUAUAAAGUACAGUACCCAGAGGAAGAAAACAGGCUAUUUAAAAAUCCUAUUCAUUAGACGUUUGGUGUUUUUGUUUAGAUAGCAAUGUGAAGGUCAGUCACAAUUAAGGAUGACUCAGUCAAAGAUUCAAACAUGUUACAGAUCUCUACUGGGUGGUUUCAUUAACCAAACAUGUUACAGAUCUCUACUGGGUGGUUUCAUUAACCAAACAUGUUACAGAUCUCUACUGGGUGGUUUCAUUAACCAAACAUGUUACAGAUCUCUACUGGGUGGUUUCAUUAACCAAACAUGUUACAGAUCUCUACUGGGUGGUUUCAUUAACCAAACAUGUUACAGAUCUCUACUGGGUGGUUUCAUUAACCA